AUGUUGCCGAACCAUCGGGAGUCGAGCUCAUCUUCCCGGCGAACCAGGUCCACUUCACCGCGGGCACACGCUUCCGGAUCGGGCUCCAGGACAGGCCUCGCGCGCAAGCCCUCCAAGCGCAGGCACCACAAGAAGUGGCGUUCCGGCAAGGGCUCCAAGAGGACCAAGUUCUCUUCACCCUACAUGCCUCAGCGUCGCACGCGACGGCAUCCCUCUUCAAGCUCCCAGUCACGGUUCUGCCCUCACCGGCAAGGGCCACAUCCGGGCCAGCUUUCGGCAGGAGGCUUGCCCGGCUUGUCCCGGAACCACCCUCUCCUGGUGCCGAGCAUCUCAUCGUUCUACCCUCCAGGCGCAUCUCCUCUGGCCCCCGGCACUCCAGUAAACAUCCCGGGACUGCCACCACUCAUCGCCGGCAACCCUGUACCGCUGCCGCCCGGAUUUUUCCCGCCUUCUUCGUUCAUGGGCUUGGCUCAGCCCGCUGCCUUGGUUGGCCCUGCGAUGGGAGGCGGCGCAGCGCAGCAGCCCAUCGUGCUGCCCUUCCCCAUCCCGAUGCCGAUGCCCAUGCCUACGUCGGGAGCCUCGCAACAGCCGAUCGUGAUUCCGGCUCCCCCUCCACCACCGCCUUCGUAUCCUCCACCGAUGCCUUACCCGGUUGCGGCACCAGCUGCGCAAGGCGGCGGAGGCUCGGACAACAUGGCUCUCAUGAUGAUGAUGAAGUCCAUGCAGCAGGAGCGCCAGGCCGCCGCCCAGCAGCGCGUGGAAGACGAUGAGCGGCGUCAGGAGGAGAAGCAGGAUGCGGAGAGACGCCAGCGCAAGAAGGAAAAGGAGGAAGAGAAGAAGAGAAAGAAGAAGGAGAAGGAAGAGGAGCGCAAGCGCAAGAAACAAGAGAGAGAGAAAGCCCUGGAGGAGCGCAAGAAGGAGAUCGAGCGGAUGCAGGAGGAGAACAAGCGCCAGAUUGAGGAGGCCCAGAAGAAAGCGGAAGAGGAGGCCGCCAAGAGGAAGGCUGAGAAAGAGGCAGCCAAGGCCAAAAAAGCUGCCGAAGAGGAAGAGGCCAAGAAGAAGAAAGAGGAGGAAGAGAAAGCGAAGAAGGAAGCGGAGGCUAAGACGGCCGCUGAUGAUGCUGGAGACCAGGCCAAGGACCCUGCCCAUGACCCGCUCAAGGACCCUACCAAGGUACCUAUGAAGGACCCUACAAAGGACCCUGCCAAAGACGGCGUUGCCGCCAAUGCGCCAGCUGACGGACAUCCCGGGGCCGCGGGCGAAGAGCAUCCUCUUUUGGGUGCUCUGGAUCAACUACCGGAACCGUUGCCCUACCAACAAGCACCGACAGCCCCCCCGCCUGCCUUAAACAUGGGUCCAGACGUAAAGUAUGCUGGAUCAGUCUUCUUUUUCACUUUCUUUUGA